AUGGGCAGCUGUGCAUCUCAGAACGCCGUCCGCCCAGCGCCAAAUGUAGAGAAUGACCCACCAGCCGCAGUUGCCAAUUUGGCGGCCAAUGGUGCACAGCAGUUCGCCGUAAUUCAUCGGGUAUUGCAAGUCGGGGAUGCCCAACCAGCCCCCAAUUGGCAGCCGAGGCCACAAGCGGAAAGGCGGGCCGGAACUCCAAGGGCACCGAAUGGUCGCCAACGGAACUAUGUUGUUGUAAACCACCCAGCUCCACGCCCAAUGCCACAGGAUGUCCAGGUAAAUGCCUAA